GAAAAUCUAAGAAUUUUUAAAACUAAACUAAACUCUAACAAUUAACUGAAUUAAAUUGAUGUUGUGUGAAAGUGCAAUCUGCAGAACAAUAUGUCAAAGAAAUCCUCUUAUAGCUGGAGUCACAAUUUGUUACAAUCCAAUUUAAACAAUAAACCAACAACCAAUGCUAUUUCUCAAACCCUACAAAUUCAGCAAACAAAGCAAAAUAAAGAAAUUAAUUGUCGUCGAAAAUUGUAUAAAACCACGAAUACCACCAAAAGAUAUGCCACCAAGACAAAGGAUAAGUUUGGAGCCCACAAUUGUCUGCCAAAUAAUAGAGCAAGAACGCCACUCACAACAAGGAGAAUUGUAACAAGAACUUUGCAUUUCAAUGCAAAUUCAUUGUGGCGCAGAGAUGACAAAGAGCAAGCGGAGCAAAGCCAGUUAUUUACCGAAUGCAAGUGUAGUAAGAAUUGUCGAAACCAUCAAAUUCAUAAUCUGCAAAUGAAUUGUGAAUGUGCAUGUAAAUUGGUAAAUUUGCCAAACCCUCCUCAUUGCCAUCAAUAUCGACAAUUGCAACAACGUUUUGCCACUCAUCAUCAUCACCAUUUGGAAAAAAGUAACAAGCUUAAAUCUUUCAAUACAUCCCAUGCUAUGCACAUACCUUGCAAAAACUCACCAGAGUGUCUGGCAUAUGUUCAUGCUGCACCUCUAAAGAUGAAUAAAAAUCAUUGUCAUCAGGCUCAGGUUGGUGGUGGUGGUGGCAGAAUAUCUAACAUGUUACAAUUACAUGAUGUAAAACCAUGUGUUUCAAAUACAACACAAUUGAGUAAAUAUCACCAUAACCAUCGUCAUCAUCAUCAUCAUGAUUCCCAAUUGACAUGGUUACCACAAGUGUCGCAACAUCAAGAGCAUUUUUUGUUAAGCAUGUUCGAAGUAUUACCUCCACUCUUUCUUUCAAAAUCUACACCAUCAAAUGAAAGUAUGAAGUACACCGGAAAACUGCCAAAAAAGAAUCAACAUCAAAAUCAUCAUUGUCUAUUACAAAGUAAAGAAUAUCAACAAAAACCACAAAAUCUUUGUUGUUCGGCUGUGAUGGGAAUAAAUCCCAAAAUGUUUCACCCAUUGCCCCAAAGUUGCUUGAAACAUUUCAACUUGGAUUAUGACAGAAUUUUAAAAUACCUAGAAACGAAAUCUAAACCCUCUGACCGUGAUGUAAUUUUUGGUAAUGCUUGUCUACUAUUAAGUAAACGUUACGGUUGGGAAACAUCACGUAUUGAAUGGCUGUUACAAUUGGAACAAAAGCAAUACUCAAACUCCCACUUCCAAGAAUAGCCAAUCAUAGUAAAUGCAAAGUAACUAAUAUGGCCAACAUCAUCAAACGAAUGAAUUAUCCUGUCAUUGAACGAACAGCAGGUACUCAGGAAAUAGCUCAUUUAAAUAAAGACAAACCUAUAAGCCUCUUGAAUUAAACCCUCUCUCCCAAUUACCCACUUUCCACGUAAAUAAAUUGCAAGAAUCCUGAACGCGGCCUGUGUUAGAUGUAAUCAAACAACAACGUACUCUUAACUAUAAGUGUCAUAAUAAUUAAGUUUUGCUCAUAAUUGAACUGACAAAGACAAUUUGAAAAAGGAGGUAUAGUCAGUGCAGAAGACAUGGCGCUAGUAAUGAUGACGACAAUUCUGCUGCGGCUGUUGCUCUUCCUGGCGCUGACACGGUACUGCUGAUUAAACGUUGUCUUGACAGAAUGAUGAGGGUGUUUGUGACAGUAUCCAUGAUGUUGAAUGAUUUUCUUGUUAAAUGUUCGUUUAGUUAUUUCAAGAACAACUAACUUGUUACUUUUCUUAUAUUUAGUUUUAGUUUUCAAAGAAAAUUAUUAGUAUUAUGACCAUUUUGAUUUUUAAUUGAAACGUUUCAAAUCAAAAGUGGAGGGGAUAGGGAAAGGAACUAAUUUAAAUUUUUCU